AGUCGCUCCCUCCGCGUUGAGGCCCGCCCGCGGGGCCGGCCGCCUGUCAGAGGGAGGUGGCGAUGGUGCUCUUGGUGGCGGCAGCGGCGGCAACGCUUUCCUUGGUCGGACGGCAGGAAAGAGAAGAUGACUGACCGAUCGACUGGAUGAAUGAAUGAAUGGCGGAGCCGAGCGCGCCAUGAGGAGCCUGCCGAGCCUGGGCGGCCUCGCCCUGUUGUGCUGCGCGGCCGCCGCAGCCGCUUCAACAGCCUCGGCAGGGAAUGUCACCGGUGGCAGCGGGGCCGAGGGGCAGGUGGUCCCGUCGCCCAGCCCGGGGCUUCGGGAUCAAGCCAGUAGCCCCUUCCCUAAGGCCGUGGCUCCCACGACGCAGGCCCCGCGGACCGUCCCCUCGCGCACCACGGUCCGCAGAACCGGGGCUGCAACCCCAUCAGCCGGCUCCCCGGAGAUCAUCCCUCUCCGCACCAGCGCACCACCCGCCGCCACCCCCAUCCAGGUUCUGGACCUCUCGCCCGCCACCCCUUCGGAGGACGGACGAACUCCUACCACCGAAUCACCACCCUCCAGACCCGCGCCCACCACCCUUGCGAGCACAGCUGGCCAGCCGCCGACCACCUCUGUAGUCACCACCGCUCAGGCUUCCAGCACUCCAGGGACCCCGACUGCCGAGUCCCCGGACAGAAGCGGUAACAGCAGCAGAGUCCCGCCCACCGCACCUGUCACCGAAGCCCCUGCUCCUCCUCCCCCAGAGCAUAUGUGUAACUGUUCUGAGGUUGGAAGUUUGGAUGUAAAGCACUGCAACCAGACCACAGGGCAGUGCGAUUGUCGUGUGGGUUAUCAGGGUCUUCACUGUGACACCUGCAAAGAGGGCUUUUACCUGAAUCACACCUUUGGUCUCUGCCUGCCAUGUCACUGUAGUCCACAUGGAGCCAUUAGCAUCCUCUGUAACAGUUCUGGGAAUUGCCAAUGCAAAGUGGGUGUCACUGGCUCCAUGUGUGAUGAAUGCCAAAACGGACAUUAUGGCUUUGGUAAGACAGGCUGCUUGCCUUGCCAUUGCAACAACCGGUCUGAUAGUUGUGAUGUUCAUACAGGUGCUUGUCUAAACUGCCAGGAAAAUAGUAAAGGGGAACACUGUGAAGAAUGCAAAGAAGGAUUUUAUCAGAGUCCUGAUGAUGCAAAGCAAUGCCGUCGCUGCCCGUGUUCAGCAGUGACUUCUACAGGCAAUUGCACCAUAGAAUCUGGAGAGUUGGAGCCUACAUGUGACCAGUGUAAAGAUGGUUACACAGGCCAGAACUGCAAUAAAUGUGAAAAUGGCUAUUACAAUUCUGACAGUAUCUGCACACGGUGCGAAUGUCAUGGCCAUGUGGACCCAGUUAAAACUCCAAAGAUUUGCAAGCCCGAGAGUGGUGAGUGCAUCAACUGCCUUCAUAACACCACUGGGUUCUGGUGCGAGAAAUGCCUAGAAGGCUAUGUUCGAGACCUUCAGAGAAACUGCAUCAAGCAAGAAGUUAUUGUUCCAACUCCUGAAGGUUCUACCAUUUUGGUUUCCAAUGCCUCUUUGACCACAUCAGUGCCCACCCCUGUUAUAAAUAGUACAUUUGCCCCCACAACCCUGCAGACUAUCUUUUCAGUAAGCUCUUCUGAAAACAGCACCUCAGCUCUUGCUGAUGUAUCAUGGACCCAGUUUAACAUCAUCAUUUUGACAGUCAUCAUCAUUGUGGUAGUGCUGCUAAUGGGAUUUGUAGGAGCUGUAUACAUGUACCGAGAGUACCAAAAUCGGAAACUCAAUGCUCCCUUUUGGACCAUCGAGCUGAAAGAAGACAAUAUCAGUUUCAGCAGCUACCAUGACAGCAUCCCCAAUGCAGACGUGUCGGGAUUGUUAGAGGAUGAUGCCAAUGAAGUGGCUCCCAAUGGGCAGUUGACCCUGACAACACCCAUUCAUAACUACAAAGCCUGAGAAGCUGAGUUGUCCUCCUGGAUUGUCAGAACACAGUGCUCACUAAAACAGCACCUGACCUCUGGCUGCACAGAGCCUGGGUAGAGUUUGCUGAGAAAGGUAUUGUGCAAAUGUUCAGGUACAAACUGUAGUGUGCUUAGUCUGUCAGUUGCUCUUAAUUCCCCAUGAAGACUUAAAGCACUCAUCACCAUUGAGGACUUGAAGUAAAGUAUAUUUUUGUAGCAAACCACAUGUGUGUAUGGAAAGGCUGAAUCCCACAGAGCAGCCUAAGUCUACCUGGCCUCUCAAAGGACUGCUUGGAAAGUGUUCACCUCACCAGGCGUGACAGAAUGUUGAUGUGAAGUUGAAAGACUGAUGGAAGACGUCAACUCCAUUUUGGAAACAUAUUUUAUAAAAGAGAGGCAGAGAUUAUGUUCAUUUUACUGUACUAAGAUAUAUAACUGAGGAAGAGAUGAUAUCUAGGAUAUACCACAGUUAAAAAAAAAUCUUGGUUAUGUGUAGACUAAAGGUAGAAAAGUCCCAAGAAGUUCUAUAGAAGGGCUUGGUUUUCCUCCCAAGAUUCUUCUUCAAAAAUGGAGUUAAAGCACAGGAUAAGCUUCCAUGGUGAGGGGCAGGCACAGCACCCAGAGAGCAGAAAGCUGAUGGACCUCCUUGGAGAGGGUCCUGUGUCUAAAGAAACAAGAUGUACAUAAUUAAUGUAGCAUUAUCUGGUCAACAUUGUACUUGUAUCUAUUUGUAAAAAAAUCAUGUCCUAUUUUAUCAUCUAGACUUUAUCUGUAUAGCAGUUAAUGAUGUUGUAAAAAGAAGAUAUGGGAAAUUGGUUAAAAUACUGUAAAAUAGGUGACAAAUAUUGCUAGAGCUGGGACUCUGGUGAGCAUCAGUCAUUUUAGUCCCUAUCUGGACACUGUUGAAAUUUAUAAGAGGUCAAAUGUUUCUAAUCUUUCCUCUUUCAACCUAGAGUCAUAUGCUCUUUGACUUACCAUAGAUUCAAGCAAUAGAUUUUGAAGUCUGCAAUUGUGAAACUGAAACACAGGCUGCAUUCUCCAGACACACCUAAUUAGCCACUCUGUUUUACAAUGCUUAGUGUAAACAUCCUCAGGAAAAGACUUCUUUCCUGAAUGUAAAAGACAGUCUUCCAAAGGAUAGAAAUUUUAAAUUAAAAAGAAAAGCCAUCACAUCACUUUGGUCCCUCAUUUUUUAUGCCCAUGAAAUAUUUGUGUGCCUCCCACAUCUGCCAAAAUAAAGGCCUCUGACAUUUGAGCAUAACCUGCUACCGAUGCAUCAUGAGGAGUGUUUGGCUUCUUCAGUGCUCUAUAGUUCAUCCAUCUUCAUAUCUGGGCAGAGGGUCACUAUGGGUGUGUAUUAGUCCUUGCUUUUUGAUGCCAUUUUUCCCUAAGGCCAAGUACUGCUGCUUUCAUUUGUUAUGCAUCCACAGGUUGUAGAUUGAGAGCCAAGAAAGGUGACUCAGACUGUGAAGUAGGGGAAAACAAAACAGAGUAGACCUAGGAAACUCAGACUCCUUUGCUUGCUUCCUCAGAAAAAUAUAGACUUUGGUCAUCCUCUGUAGGAGACCCCACCUUUUUCUCAGGGUUUAGAAAUGACUGUAUACUAGAGGAUCCAUAGGUAACCUGGGUGUGCUCUGCAUAUUUGGCUGUCUUUAUAAAGGUAGACAUUACAUCUCAUUGUACUAAAACAUUUUACAAGUGGCUGAUUGAUUGCCUAGCAUAUGAGUCUUUCGAUUUAAUCCUUAGAAUUACAAAAUAUAUUAAUAUUUUGUUGCCCUUUAUCAUUUACAAAGCACCUUUCCAUGUGUGUUCUUUGAUCCUCACCAUAGCCUCCUUAGGAAGUAGUCUUGUAUUCAUUUCAUAGAUGAAGUAACUGAGGCGCAGAGAGUCUAAGUUGUUCAGUGCUAUACGAUGCACAUCAUUAUUAUUCCUGGAAUCAGUUCUCACAUCUACUUCAUUGUCAUUUUGCUAUAUGAUAACAUAUAAAUCUACCAGCGAUGGGCCCUAGAAGGCUGAAAUGAGAAUUCCCAUUGGUGGAUGCUUCUAAUAGAGCCCAUGUGUGCUCUCAAGAGUACCCCCACCACACUGUGUGUGUAGGUAGGAGGAGGAGGUAGUAACUCACAGGUACAAUUCAGAACCACCUAACUACUAAGGACUUUGUUGAAAGGACACAAGUAGAUUUCUACCUAAAGACAGGAUUAAUGAUGAGAAGGCAAAGCUGCCAGUUCAUUAAAAUGAGUGAAUUCCUGAGGGGAGCAGAGAGACUUUUCCUAGCAGUUGCAGCACAGGUGUGUAUAGACUGUGCAUCACAUAGUUCCAAAGCCCUGAGCACAGUGGCUGCCUCCUUGAUACCCCAACUCCUGCCAAAAAUAGUGGUAAGGAGAUAAAAACCUAAUGUUUGUCAAACAGAUGUUCACCCAAUAAGUAAAUGUUUCUAUUAGUCUAAGAGCCAAAGUAAAUAAUCAAGAUUCCAUGAUACAGAUCUUAAAGGGUAACACAGAAACUAAACCACAAAUUUAUCAAGUACCUGUUAAUUGCCCCUAAAUCUUAUUUUAACAAUGAAGAAAAAGUAUAGCCUUAAAAUGUUUUAAAUAGCAUCAUUUAGUGACCCCAUUGCUCUGCUUAUAUGAAUUAUUUUGCUGUAAAGAUCAACCAUGAGGUGAUCUCCCCUUGAAAGUAGAGUAGGAAACCAGAAUAAAACAUACUGCAGGGUUUUCAUUCCUCUGGAGACAUCACCACCCAGUGCCACAAGUCCUCUGCAAAGCCUAAUGCUAGAACAAUUUUUGUCUAAGAAUAGAGAAAAUGUUGAUUUUAAAAUAUACUACUUACAUGAACCUUAAUAAGAAAUGAAUGUCAGUGCUAUGAAGGAAUUGAUGCUUGCACCUUCAUUAGUUCCCCUCAUUAAGCCCUGUGCAUUUCUGAUAGGUGGAUUUUGUAGUCAGUGUCAACCGUGUCCUUGACCUCCCUUAUCACCACCAUCCCCUACAUUGCCUCCAAGGACUCUCUUAUUUACAGUCUCUCCAACUAUAGAGAAGCAAAUGAUAAUAAAAAUCUCUUAUUUACAUGAACAUGGUAUGGACCCAAUCCAUUAUUUUUCCCAGAAAUACUUAGAUUUUUAAGGGAGGGCAACAGGGCAGACAUGGGCUGGGAGGAUAGGUCUUUAUUGUUGUUUCGAAUUGGUUUUUAGUUGUUGUUCUUGUUUCAUUUUGUUUUUUAACAAGACUAUCUAAAUCCCAAAUGAUAUCACUUUUCCCUAGUCCCAAUAUUUCCAGAAUCAUUAAUCAUCAAAGCAAUACUCACUGAUCUGCUAGUUAAUUUGGAUUAUCUGAGCAUCAAGAUGUUGUGUUUUAGAAUAAGAGAGCCAGUUAGAGCUUUACUAUUCAACAUUCACCCUGUUCCUCUGCUCUUUUUAUGUUUAUAAACAUAAAAUUAAUUCUGAUAAUUCUCUCUGGCUUCUUAUAGUUUGAAGUAGUGUGUGGGUAGGAGUUGGGUUUCUGCAUCAUUCAAGGAAAGCUCUCUGACAAUAUAUUCAAUAUUCAGAAUAAGUUAAAAGAAUUCAGUGCAAUCAUUAGGGCAACAAGUUGUAACUUCAUCCAUACGCAAACAAACAAACAAAUAAAUACAUUUAGUCUGUUGGUACUUUUGACAGCAAAUGGUUUAGAAGUUGAAAGGGAUUUGGUGUCUGUGUUCUAGAGCUGGAGGAGGUGAUGGAAAGUUAAUUUGUCAUUUGCUUUUAAUCUGAGCAAAUGGCUAAGCAGGAAGAACAUGGUGAUUAAUCUGAAGAAGUCAAAUAAUAUCAAAUGGCUAAAGAUUGUGGAUCAUUAAAACAUUAGUGGUUUGAAUGACACUUUUUCAAAGACAUUGAGGAUCUUCUUUGUUACUUAUGCGAACACAGAGACUUCAGCAGCCCUGGAGUGAGCCCAGAGCUUCAGAUUCAAGCUUGCCCAAAGCUAAAUGACUUCUAGUCCACUUUUAAUGCUAGGCACAAGCAUUCUCUACUCUUAAAUGCUAGCCCAGUCAAUUAGGGUGUGUUUCUAAAAAUUAAACUUGUAUUUAUGUCACUAAAAUCCUAACCCAAAAUUUAAAAACAUGUCUCAUAUGUGUGCUGUACUAGGCUUCAUGAUGCAUUUCUAAAUUUGUGUAUGAUUUGAAUAUAUGAAAGAAUUUAUACAAGAGUGUUAUUUAAAAUUAUUAAUAAAUGUAUAUAAUUUGUACCAACUGUA